AUGGGGUUGCUCACGACUGGAGGGAAGCCCAUGCGUUGGGGGACGGACAGCAACAACAGGGCGGUCCCUCACGUCAGUGCGCACGGCAUUCAACAGUUUCUUGUCGUUUACCGGAACAAAAAGGACAUAGACAAGAUGCCAUUUUUGUGGGGUGAGGAAAUCGAACAUCAAAUUAUCUACACUGAAAAUGGAGAGGUCUUUCUAAAGCUUGAUGCAUCGGAAACUAUGGAUAGGAUAAGAAAACGUGAGGAGAAUAAUGCGAAUUGGAACCCCGAAUAUGGGAGUUAUAUGUUGGAGAGCAUCCCCAAGUCCCCUUACACCAUGUCGAGGGCAAGCCUGUGUGCCGUCCAGGAGAACAUGCAGAAUCGAUAUGACCUUAUUGACAAAGAAGCAGGCCCUGGGACCUUUGGGACGACCCUCGUGACCUUCCCUUUAUUUGGGGUUAACAAAUUCACGACAUCCGACAGUACGGAAUCCCCACAUUCGAACUCCCUUUUUGUGCCAGAUAUUUGUAUUAACUCCGACCACCCACGCUUCGCCAACCUUACCGAAAACAUUCGUCUUCGCCGUGGGCGGAAAGUCUGUAUUCAGGUCCCGCUUUACAUUGACAAGUAUACGCUUGAAAAGACCCUGGACGGGCGCUUUGGAUUUGACUACACGCCUUUGAACCAUUUGAUUUUCCCGUGCAUCCGGAAUGGAAAUGACUGCUGUAAUCAAUGCAUCCCCGACAACAUGCCGAAUACCACAGCCAGUGAAACCACGACAGCAGUUUGGGGUUCGCCGGAACCGUCCGAUUUUAUCAACAUCAAAGAAAAAGAAGGCUACGCCACGGACGAUCUUACGCAUUUGUACACUCCCGCGACGCUUUACUACUACGCCCAGUACUACACGAAGGGGCAGCGUGAGAACGUCAGGAGGCGAUUUAAUUCCUGCCCCUGUCUAAUUCCCUGUAUUUCUCAUCCCUGCAUUUACAUGGACUGCAUGGCUUUUGGGAUGGGAAGUUGCUGCCUCCAGGUCACCAUGCAGCUCCGCAAUAUUCGACAGGCUCGGCACUUGUAUGACCAACUCGCGAUUCUCUGCCCGAUGUUUUUGGCCCUCAGCUCCGCGACGCCUUUUCAGAAGGGGCUUUUAUGCGAUUCGGACGUCCGAUGGCUGACUAUUGCGGCCUCCGUCGAUGACCGCAAGCGCGAAGAGGUCCCGCGCAUCCUGAAGUCUCGAUACGAUUCCAUUUCUCUUUUUGUCAGCACCGAUGUCGAUAACCUUGAGGAAUUCAACGAUUCCUUAGUGGAAUAUAAUCAGCCAUACUUUGAUAUUUUGAGUAAGUCCGGUGUCGAUGAUCGAUUGGCGAAGCAUAUUGCACACCUGUUCAUUCGCGAUCCGCUUGUGAUGUAUGAUCAAAUGAUCGACAUUGACGACAACACACAUACUGAGCACUUUGAGAACAUUCAGUCCACGAACUGGCAAACUGUUCGAUUAAAGCCACCACCGUACAACAGUAAUAUUGGUUGGCGUUUGGAGUUCCGCGUUAUGGAUAUCCUCCCGACACCGUUUGAGAAUGCCGCUUUCGCCACCUUUAUACCGCUUUUGACGAAUGCCAUCAUCAAGUAUAACCCCGUUUUUUACACUAAAAUGUCCAUUGUCGAUGAGAACAUGGGCCGUGCCCACCACAUCAACCCAUGCGAUCAGAUGUACGUGAUGCGAAAAGAAAUAUUCGGUGAUACCUUCACCAGCCGCGAUGCCGAGACCACCAAACUCACCAUCCACGAGAUUUUCAAUGGCAAGGGCGAUACGUACUAUGGUCUGAUACCCUUGGUGCGACGAUACAUUCAGGAGGAAAACUUAUCAUGCACACAGUUGGAAUCUUAUUUGAGAUUUCUUUCCAUGCGCGCGGCAGGUGCCAUUCCGACUGCAGCCCAGUACUUGAGAAAAAUUGUUCUUAAUCACCCGGCUUACCAACAGGAUUCCAGACUAAACAUGCAGAUCGCUCACGACCUCACAGUGCACGUUCACGGCUUAUCAUCCGGAGUGAUUCGCGAUGAUUCUUACCUUCCUAUGGAUAAAUUUAAGGAAUAA